GAGAGAAAGAGAGAGAGAGACUGAGCGAGGAAGAGAAAGAGACAGAUAUCAGGUGCAGGACAGGGGACUGGUCCUUGGCAAUGCUUUGGCUGGGGAUCCUGAAGUGGGAGGAGAAAGCAGAGGGCACGGAUAUGCCGAGUGGGAUUCUGAGUAUGAAACUGUCAGGUGCCUCCUCCCAGCACUAUCUGCUCCCGAGCACCCUCCCUCUUACUAGAGCCUCGCCGCACUUUAUCAGCCAGAGCCUUCUGCCCCUGGGAAGCCAGCCGGCGCCUUUAAAGAAAACUGAGCACCUCCCACCACUUCGAACCCAAAACUAUCUACAAUAAAGACUAUUGAGCCGGAGGAAGAGGUAAGCAUGGAGGACAGCCCCACUAUGGUUAAAAUGGACCAGGGUGAAAAUCAGGUUUUACCAAGUCCAAGAAGAAGGUAUCUCCCCAAGGCACUUGGCUACAUCACUGGUGAUAUGAAAGAAUUCGCGAGCUGGCUUAAAGACAAACCACAGGUGCUCCAGUUUGUUGACUGGGUCCUUCGGGGCAUAUCCCAAGUGGUGUUUGUCAGCAACCCCAUCAGUGGAAUCUUGAUUCUGGUGGGACUCCUGGUCCAGAAUCCCUGGUGGGCUCUUAAUGGCUGUGUGGGAACGGUGGUCUCCACUCUGACGGCCCUAUUGCUUGCUCAGGACAGGUCGGCAAUAGCCACAGGACUCCAAGGCUACAAUGCCACGCUGCUGGGAAUCCUCAUGGCUGUCUUUUCAGACAAGGGCAACUAUUUCUGGUGGCUAUUACUCCCGGUGUCGGCUAUGUCCAUGACUUGUCCAAUUUUCUCAAGCGCGUUGAACUCCUUGUUCUGCAAAUGGGAUCUCCCAGUCUUCACUCUGCCCUUCAACAUGGCGUUGUCGAUGUACCUAUCGGCCACAGGACAUUACAAUCCAUUCUUCCCAGGCAAAUUGUUCAAACCUGUAACCGCGGUUCCCAAUGUCACCUGGCCUGAGCUCAAUGCCCUGCAGUUAUUGAAAUCGUUGCCCGUGGGUGUGGGCCAGAUCUAUGGCUGUGAUAACCCGUGGACGGGGGGCAUUUUCCUGUUCGCCCUUCUGCUCUCCUCCCCAAUCAUGUGCCUGCACGCAGCCAUCGGAUCGCUGCUGGGGAUAGCGGCAGGACUCAGCGUUUCAGAGCCGUUUGAGAACAUCUACCUUGGACUCUGGGGUUUCAACAGCUCUCUGGCCUGCAUUGCAAUCGGAGGAAUGUUCUUGGCUCUCACCUGGCAAACCCACAUCCUAGCUCUUGCCUGUGCUCUGUUCACUGCCUACCUUGGAGUCAGCCUGUCCCACAUGAUGGCUGUGGUGGGGCUGCCAGCUUGCACCUGGCCCUUCUGUUUGGCCACACUCCUCUUCCUCUUGCUGACCACGAAAAAUGACAACAUCUACAGGAUGCCCCUCAGCAAAGUCACUUAUCCUGAAGAAAACCGCAUCUUCUACCUCCAGGCCAAGAAGAAAAGGAUGGUUGAAAGCCCUUUGUGAGCGCAACCCCCACCCACAGCCAAGGGCCCAAGAGGGGACUGACAUGGCUGACUGCCCCACGUGACUCCCAGGGUCUCGGCAAACUGCUGUUUUUCACUAGCAACAACAUUCACACUAACCCAUUGGCAAUCUGCUCUUAGGCUCAUUUUUGUGGCUUUCUUUUAGACUCCAGGAACAUCCCCAAACAUGUGAGAGACACGUCCAGAUGGUCUGCCUUGGUUGGGGCAUGGGUGUUAGACAUACACUCUACUUAUAAAGUCAAAUGCUCCAGCAGAAAGAAGACGUGAGACCAGAGCUCACUCUUUCUCGAUAUUCGUGGUGUUUGUGGGCUGCAUGAUACUGACAGUAUUAAAAAUUAAGCUCUACAAACCAACGAAGCUUUCAAAGAAUGGAAUUGGUGGUCACAAAUCAAAGUCAACCCAGAAUUCUCCGAUAAGCAGUUUGACUUGUUUAAAAUCAAUACAAGUUCCAUGGGACAGCUGUGGCGCCCACAGCGGGUUCUCCAGCUCCUGGGCAGAAGGGCCUGGAUGCGGCCCGAUGUGUGUGAGGCAUUCUACAGGAGAUGGUUGAUUCUUUCCAGGCUGACACACUGUGUGGGAGGGAGAAAGGGAUUUUAUCAGUCAGAAUGACUCUGUAGUGUUAUUUUUCUUAGACAUCGCAAAAGACAUUUUAGAUAAAGUAUAUGAUCUUUUUCUUAGGAGAGUGGAUUUGUUUCAAUGAGGUAAAAUAGGAGAAGUUCCUGGUUUUACCAGCUGCUGGUUAUUAAAGAAAAGUUACAUUUUUUAAUAAAAUACUCAGCAUAGCUCUUUUUACUUUAAUCCCCAAGUUGAUUCUGUAAAUGCCAGGAAUGCCUAGAACCAAGUCAUCAACCUCCAGGGCCCUUUAAAACCACAUUUGGAAUUCAUCUGAGGAUGUCUUCUACCUUAUAAAGACUGAAAAUGAAGGUCGAAUUGUUUCUGGGUGCUCAGAAGUUGUUGAGUUUCUUACUUUAAAAAACAAAUUCAUUAUUUUCUGCACACUCACAAUAUUCUCACUCAGAAACCUGACAAGACGUACCAGUAAAGGGUUCUCCUGUUUUUCUUUGCUUUAAUUAUAAAGUUAUCAGUCCUAUAAACAUUCUGUACCUGAAUAUGUUGAGGACGCCGUGGAAAGUUUGCUCACUACCUUCUAGUUCAGUCUGUAUCAAUUCAGUAUUUUGGGGGAUUCAAAAAGAGAAACCGUAGAAGCCUAAAGGAUUUUUCUCCUUGGAGUUUGCCAGGCUCAAUGCAAAACACACAGUUUGAUGCGUGAAAAAACAGAAGGGAAGGAAACCUACAAAUAUCUUGGGAAGAAGUCCACAUCUUCCUUUUCUCGGGGAACACAAACAUUGCUCCACUUUAACAACCCUGCAACAAAAGCCCUUUGAAGCCCUGAAUUUGCAACUCUCACAGAGUCAUGUGCAUGCCUGUGGAAAAACUAAAUUUUUAAUUGUUCAGAUGGACAUCACCCUUGUUAGGGAAUUUGUGAAAUAAGUUUGGGGGGUAGGGAGGGACACAAAAAAGCAAGCAGAACCAAAGAUAACCACGAGUGAAGAACCUGGGCCAUGGUUGAGCGACCCAGAGCCACUAACAUGUCUUCAGGCCCAUCUUCACAAGGAGAUCAGGAGUGUUCUCUGUGCCUUCUCCUGGUGCGCUCACACAGGCGUGUAAAUGGGAACAUUCUAAAGCCUUGUACAUUGUCUAAUUUAAAUGGUAUUAAUUUUCUCAGGCUAUUUUUGUUACUAAGUAUUAUCCUGAAAUAAAGUGAGCAUUUUGUUAGUUUUCUUAGGGAUCACUUGUGUUCUUUCCUAUUGUCUGUAUAACCAAUUUCUGAUUAAGAAUAUGAAUAAAAUUAUAUUCACAGCUCA